UCAAGCAAUAUGACCAUACUUACCACAACUGUAACAUUUCCGUGGAAAUCUCCUGCUUUGGUGGUUCUUAGAAGCAACAGAAAUAUGUCUCUGAUAUUCAAAAGACUCCUGAGACCAAUCCCUAAGUGUAUUUAUGAAGUUGUUGUAUGAGGUGGUGUACCUAAGGGCAGUUCUUGUGUUGUAAUCAACACUACAUGUAUUUGCCAUUGAGUAGAGGAAAUUGGACUCAUCUGGCAACAUAUCAGGGCAGUUGAAUACAACUUAAUAUAGGGAGAGGUAAUCAGUGCAAAAUAACAUUGGAUUAUCUCCUUUCCUAUACCUUGCAUUCUCCAAUGCAUUUGUACCUCUUGUAUCACACCCAUCCAAAAUCCUUUGCAACUCUCUUAACCUUUCAGUGGUACCUCCCAAAGGACAGAAUUCUGAGGCCAGGACCACUGGGAAAAUUGCUUAUCACGAUAAACGAAGUGGAAGCAUAGUAAGUGAGUUUGUCAAGGUACAAAAGUAGAUGUUGGCAGCACAAUGGAGUCCAAUAAGUGGAAAAAAAGAUUUUUCUUCUGUUUUGUUCAGUGUAUUUUUUCCAUUAUGUUUUUUAUAUUAUUUGGAAGUAAGGGAAACUCUACAGAAAAGAUUCCACAGAGGUCAGAGUUGACCUUUAGACCAGAAUCCUCUCAACUCACCAUACUGCUCUGGACGUGGCCUUUUAACUAUCACUUUCCCCUGAACGACUGCCCAACUGACUUGGAUUCCUCGGGUUGCUUCUUCACAGUUAACCGCAGUUUGUAUCCAUCAGCAAAUGCUGUCAUUAUCCACCAUCGGGAAGUAUAUAAAAAUAAGAGUAUUUUACCUCAAAUCCCAAGACCUACUAAUCAGUACUGGAUUUGGUUCAACAAGGAGUCAAGAUCGCAUAGUCCUAAUCUGCACAUUAUGGAGAAUUUUAUAAAUCUCACCAUGUCGUUCAGGGCUGACUCAGAUAUCUUUACUCCUUAUGGUCGGCUGGAAAGGAAUGAUGGGAGUCAGAAUUUUACUAUCCCUGUGAAAUCGAAGCUUGUUGCCUGGGUAAUCAGUAACUGGAAUAAAAAUUCCAAGAGAUAUAAAUAUUACUCGAAGUUGAAAAAACAUUUAAAUAUUGACGUAUAUGGAUCAAAAACAAAGGUUCUUUCGCACACUAACACUUUAGAAACUCUAUCCCAAUACAAAUUCUAUCUGGCAUUUGAAAAUUCUAUCCAUGAAGACUAUAUUACGGAGAAGCUCUGGAGCAAUUCACUGCUGUCAGGAACAGUACCCGUAGUAUUGGGCCCUUCACGUAAAAACUAUGAACGUUUUAUUCCCUCGGACUCAUUUAUUCACGUUGAGGAUUUUUCUACACCACAAAAAUUGGCUUUGUAUCUCCUUGAACUAGAUAAGAACGAUGAGAGAUACAGACAGUAUUUUAACUGGAGAUCUAGGUUGCAGCCAAUGAAAAACAGAAUAGAUUGGGUGUCUGAUUACUGUAGAGUAUGCAAAGUACUGAAAGAAGCACCCCCUUAUAAGACCAUUCCCAGCAUAGACACAUGGUUCCGUUAAACAAAUUCAUUUAUUACAUCUAGGAAAUCUGCAUAAUUGACUUCACUUUUACUGUUUGGUCCUAUAUGUGGAAUAAUAUGGGCAGUUCACACCAAAUUGAAGAAGACAUAUCUCCAUCCGGUCCUGUUUUAGAUCUUCGGCCACUCCUGCUUGUCUAGUCCCUUAUUGGUCCUAAAAUGCUUCUUGCUUAAAGGACUCACUCAAUUCUCCUAUAUUUGGUUUUAAGGAAUAUCCCCAUUAGAAAUCCCCAACAUACAGUAUACAAAGAUGAGUAUGUUUUUUAUAAUGCAAAUUUAAUUUAAUACAGAUAUUUUAGUA